AUGGCAGACCAAGCCAACAUUCACGAAGAAGGAAACCCUCUCGGUGGAGAGAACGCUAACGCCCCAACAGAACAAGGAGGAGGAACUCAUGGAGGAAACGCAGGAACUAUAGCCGGCCAAACCCCCGCAGCCGUAGGAGGUUAUGGAACCGAACUACUGCUCCAAGUGUUCAAUGCCCAGUUUGAGGCCAUCAACAAAAGAAGCGAGGAGCGCUUCAGUCAGAUGGCGGCACAAAUCGCCGAGCUCAGUCAAGCACGAACUCCUCUUCGAGUUCGGAACAUCAUUGACGAUCUUAAUACCGACGGAGAUCCAGCUGGAACUAUGAGGUCUACUGCAGUCGGGUCAGCGAAUGCACCAGCAUCGGAUUUAAGCCGAGACGCCGAGUUCGAAGCAAUGAAGGCGCAGCUUCGCGAUAUCACUUCGAAGAUACAUCAAGCAACAAGCGCGGCUCCGGAAAUCGAGCGCGUUAUUCAGGAAACGCAGAAAACACCCUUCACACCGCGCAUAGCAGGGACGCCGGUCAAGCACAUGGAGAAACUGAAGAUAAAAGUCUACGAGGGCAAUUCCGACCCUCGACACUUCUUGACAUCGUUCGGCAUCUGCAUGAACCGAUACCAGUUCAAAUCAGCCGAAGAGAGAGACGCAGUUCAGUGCCAACUAUUUGUGGAAAGCUUGGGAGGAGUAGCUCUCGACUGGUUCUCGCGACUCGAAGCCAAUUCAAUCGAUAACUACAAGGAGUUAACGACGGCUUUUGUCAAACACUUUUCCAUGUUCAUUGGACAAAUCACCAAGAACUCCGAGCUCUGGCAAAUAGCCCAAGUACCAAGCGAGAGCCUUCGCGAUUUCAUCCAGCGCUUCAAGACGAUCGUCGCUAAUUGUACGAUUAGCGAUGAAGCCGCUCUCCUAUGUCUUCAGAAAGGAGCUCGGAUAAAGACUAGCUUCCGGAGCGCGAUCACUCAUAACCCUCCACAGACAUUAGAAGACGCGUUGCACCGAGCUAAUACCUACAUCGCCGAAGAGGAAGAAGAAGCCGCUUACGAGCAGAGUUAUUCAACGAAGCAACCCGAACGUCCAAAAACCGCAACCAAUGAGCCGCAAUCGGGAUACGGUCGAGGGUAUGAGAAUCGCAAGAAGUUCUAUGCUAAUGCAAUCCAACAACCGAACAAACAAUGGAACAAUAAGAGGGUCCGUGGUGAAGAAGAUCAAGACGAAUCAUUGUUCUGCGAGUUCCAUAACCGUAGAGGCCACAGCACCGAAGAAUGCAGACAUCUGCGAGAAUACCUACUCGGCCUAUAUCGAAAGGAACCGAUCUCGGUCGAUGAUCUCCGACGUUCGAACGCGUCUAAGAGCGGCGGGCAACUUUCGAUUGACGAUCUCCAUCGUUCACAUAUGCCUCGACCAAACAAUGAACAGCUUGAGAAAGCACUCGCCAAAGAUCCACCAACUCCACCGGCUUUACCGACGUUACCACCGCCACCACCGAAUCUGCCUGUUUUGCCCGAGCAACAGAAACGGAAUCGUGAUGACCGAGCACCAGAGAAUCACGCUCCUAAGGCGCGGAAACGUGUCAACAUGAUAAUGGGGGCAAUCGAAGCUUGCAGUUAUUCGGUCCGAGCCAUCAAAGAGUACAGCAGACAGGCCGCCAGCGCGUCCAAAGCCCCGCUUGAUCCGCCGAAGGGAACACCCUUGGUAUUUACCGAGGCCGAUACAAUCGGGCUGCAUAAACCACAUAACGACGCCCUCGUUGUCGAGCUGCUCCUCGACGACGUCGAAGAAGCACUUGACCAGCUCGAGUUGGUAUCAGAUAGGAUUAAACCGUUUAUCGAACCACUUACCGGAUUCGAUGGAGAACGUUGUAUGACGGUCGGCAUGGUCCACAUUCCGAUCUACCUCGGCAGAGUCGCAAGGAUUAUCCAGUUCCUUAUCCUCGAUAAACCGGCGAUCUACAACGCUAUUCUCGGAACACCUUGGCUACACGCAAUGAAAGCAGUCACCUCGACGUACCAUCAAUGCCUAAAGUUCCCGACUCCUAACGGUGUUUACACUCUCCGAGGAAACCAAGCCGUUGCUCGAUCGUGCUACAUAAACGAGUGCACACUUCAUUCGGCCAACCAAGCUUGUGUUAUUAGCUCGUUAGGACCGACUGACAAGCUCAUCGUCCAGAAUAUAAAACCUAAACAGGAGUCGAUCGUUCAAGUUUGCAUCGACGAACUAAGGCCAGAACGUCAAGUCGGAAUCGGCGCCGAGCUCGACCCAGUCAUCCGCGAGCCACUCAUUCACUUUCUGAAACAGCAUUCAUCGACCUUCGCUUGGUCGGUAGAAGAUAUGCCCGGGAUUGAUCCACAGAUCGCGUGUCACGAGCUCAACAUUGAUCCAACAUAUAAGCCAAUCAAGCAGAAACGCCGAAAGCUCGAACCAGAGAAAGCACAAGCCGUGAACGAUGAGGUCGAGCGUUUACUCAAAGCCGGAUCCAUCACCGAAGUCAAAUACCCAGAUUGCUUUCCGUUGCCUCAUAUCGACCGCCUCGUGGAAGCAACUGCCGGGAACGAACUACUCUCGUUUAUGGACGCGUUCUCCGGGUAUAAUCAGAUUCUUAUGCAUCCGCAAGAUCGGGAGAAGACAUCGUUCAUCACGGAUCGUGGCAUCUACUGCUACAAGGUCAUGCCCUUUGGCCUGAAGAAUGCUGGAGCAACGUACCAACGACUGGUAAACCGGAUGUUCGCGAGCCAGCUCGGGCGAACUAUGGAAGUUUACAUCGAUGAUAUGCUCGUGAAGUCACUUGUCGCUUCCGAUCACGUCGGCCAUCUUCGCACAUGUUUUGAUAUCUUGGAUCAGUAUGGUAUGAAGCUAAAUCCAACUAAGUGUACCUUCGGCGUGACAUCUGGAGAGUUCCUCGGAUACAUUGUUACACGGCAAGGCAUUGAAGCUAAUCCAAAGCAGAUCGCCGCUAUUCUCGAGCUCUCGUCACCGACAACCAAAUGUGAAGUUCAGCGACUUACCGGACGUAUCGCAGCACUUAAUCGAUUCAUAUCCACAUCGACGGAUAAGUGCUUGCCUUUCUACCAACUUCUUCGCGGUAACAAGCAUCUCGAAUGGAAUGAGAAGUGUGAGGAAGCCUUCGCCGAGCUAAAGAAAUACUUGUCCACUCCUCCAGUUUUAUCCAAACCAGAAACCGGCGAGACACUUUAUCUUUACAUCGCGAUUUUGGAGUUCGCAGUCAGCAGUGUUCUCGUUCGAGAAGAUCGCGGCGAACAGAAGCCAAUUUUCUACACAAGCAAAUCCCUCGAUGGAUCGGAGUAUCGUUAUCCGACUUUGGAGAAAUUCGCCUUUGCCGUGGUCAUUUCUGCACGGAAGUUACGCCCGUACUUCCAGUCUCACGCGAUCGUGGUCCUAACCGAUUACCCUCUUCGUACUUUCCUCCAUAGCCCAAGUCAGUCUGGACGACUCGCUAAGUGGGCUAUCGAACUCAGUGAAUAUGACAUCGAAUACCGAGGCAGAACAGCAACGAAGUCCCAAGUCCUAGCAGAUUUCUUGGUCGAACUCCCACCGGAGCUCGUCGAAGAUAAUCCGGUUGUACAACCCUGGAUUCUUCACGCCGAUGGUUCAUCAUCCCAUAAAGGAUCCGGAGUCGGAAUUCGUCUCAAAUCACCCGAAGGAGAGGUUAUCGAGCAGUCAUUUCGACUCGGCUUCCCGGCAUCUAACAACGAAGCCGACAAUCGAGCGACCAAGUAUCGAGCACGCCCCGAACUGCAACAUCAUUACGAGACGACGCGAUUACAAAGCCCAACCCAACCUUGCUCCGCCCUCACCCGAAAGACGAAACCUAAAGAGGUCAUUCCCGAUCAUAACGACGACACGGACGAGCUCCAUGACAACGAAUCCGAGCCCGAGGACGAAUCCGAAGGCCAGAAUGUCCCAAUCGAUAUCGAAGCAGAAGGAGAGGAUGAACCCGAAGAUUGGACUUUAGAAAUUGUGGGAUACAUUGGAGAUGGAACAGUCCCCGCAGAUAAAUGGGCAGCUCGACGCCUAAAGGCUCGUGCAGCUCGAUACGUGGUCAGUAAGGGUACUCUCCUCAGAUGGGAUGCGUCCGGAGUACUCUUGACAUGCGUUCACGGCAACGACAUCACGGAAGUAAUGCAAAAGGUCCAUGAAGGAGAAGGAGGAAAUCAUUCUGGAGCUCGGUCUUUGGCCUUUAAGAUCAAGAAAGCUGGCUAUUACUGGCCUACUAUGCUCUCCGAUUGCGAAAAGUAUACGGCACGCUGCGAGAAGUGCCAACGUCAUGGUCCAAUGAUCAAUCUUCCUACCGAGCUCCUGAUGACCUCGACCGCACCAUAUCCUUUCAUGCGCUGGGCAAUGGACAUCAUCGGUCCUUUUCGCCUAUCUACAACUCAGAAGCAAUAUGUUCUGGUCGUCACGGAUUACUUCACGAAAUGGGUCGAAGCCGAAGCAUACCCCGAGAUUCAUGGAAUUGAUGUCAAAAAUUUUGUCUGGAAGUUCAUCAUCUACGAGAUCGUUACAGACAACGGAACCCAGUUCACUUCGAUCAUUUUCCAAGAUUUUUGUGCCAAGUGGAAAAUCCGACUAAGUUUCUCUACCCCGCGGUACCCGCAAGGAAACGGACAAGCCGAAGCCACAAACAAGACCAUCAUUGACGGACUAAAGAAACGACUCGACACCGCUAAGGGAACUUGGGCAGACGAACUUGACGGCGUCUUGUGGUCUCACCGAACUACACCACGACGUUCGACCGGUCAGUCACCAUUCUUCCUUGCAUAUGGCACAGAAGCUAUGUGUCCAGCCGAACUCAACGUCCCAAGUAUUCGCCGAACUAUGCUUACCCAGCAACCCGACGCGAAUGACAACAUGAUGAUCGACGCACUCGACUUAGUCGAAGAACAUCGCGAACGAGCAUUGCUCCGGAUACAGAACUACCAACAACUUGCAGCUCGCUAG